AUGCAGAGUGGUCGCAUCAUCAUAAUCGAGCAAGGGCCAGACUAUGACUGCCUUGACGCCUUGCGCGAGAGAUCUCGCGGACUAUCCAGCGGGGAAAUCCGCAAGCUUCUCAGCAUGUUCGGCCCCGUUUUCGACCAGGUGCCGGAGACUAUGACGAAGGACCAGUGCCGCACUUUCCUCAAGAAAUGCACCUCGCAAGGCCAGUACUUUUUGCCACCAGCUGCAGACGAAGCAAGUGAUCUAGUGCAGUAUCUACAACGAGGAAAGGCCGUAGCACAGCUGUCAGCAGUAGACUGGAUUGCGCCAAAAGCGUCAGAUCCUAGUGCAAAAAGGCAGAGGACUGACAACGAGGCUGGUAACAAUGUGGAUGACGGAGCGCAACAAGGUGACGCAGCUGCUGCUAUUGAGGGUCCCAAUCAAGUGGGGAAGGAUCAGCAGCAACGUCGGGACCUAGGCAGACGUGGCGCGAGAAUAGUCG